AUGAUCAUACUAUCCUUUGUUGGUAAUAAAUUAAUCAAAAAGAGUGGAAGUGUUCAUAGAAAUUCUAAUAACAUAGUGGAACAGUUCAUUGUUUAAUUUUAACUUAAGAUGAGGAUCAAUUAUUAUCAGGAGGUUGUGAUCAUUCAAUUAAAGUUUGGAAAGUAGAUUUUAUUAAGAAUGAGCUGAAUUUCUAGUACUCUUUAAAUAACCAUGGCAAUAGUGUAAAGUCAUUUAGUUUUAAUGAAUCUGAGACUUUAUUAAUAUCAUGUGGAUUAGAUCAUUUUAUUAUAUGGGAGAAAGGACAAUAAGGAAAAUGGGAAUUUAAAUAUACAUAACCAGUUGCAAAUUAAGGACGUAAAAUUCAUGUAAUUAAUGAUUAAAAAUUUCUUUGGGUAACAAAAAAUGAGUAUAUUGAUGAUAUUUUAGUGUUAGAAUAUUAGAAUGGAGUCUUUAAAUAUAAUAUUGAUGCAAGUAUCAAAUUAAUUAUGAAUAACAAAUGUGAAGAUGAUGCAUAUUUCCCUAUUAUUUACAAUAAAGAAAAAAAUAUAUUAUUAGUAAGACAUAAACAUCAUAUCUAUCUAAUUAGAUAAUUAAAUAAUGAUAGAUUUAAAAUUAUGACAUCACUAAAUUGUUAAAAUGAUGUUAUUUUUGGAACUAUGACCAAUAAUGGAUAGUAUUUAGUAUUUUGGGAUUAGAAGAAUUUGAAUUAUUAAUCAUAUGAGAUAGUAAUGAUAUGA